AUGAAUCCCCUGUGGUAUGGAAUGACAUGCCCCAUUCCUACUACAGGCAAUUUCGCCAAUGGCACUUGCACCCAGGGAGGAUACUCAGAAUACGCAGUGAAAGUUAGCAGCGUUGCGCAGAUUCAGCUGGCUGUCAACUUUGCUCGUACCCUGAACCUUCGCUUGGUUGUGCGCAACACUGGACACGAUUACAACGGUCGCUCGGUUGGCAAGGGGGCGCUCAGCAUCUGGACUCAUGGCCUCAAGGAGAUCAAGUAUGUCAAAGACUACAAAAGCUCCACGUACAACGGACCAGUCUUCAAAGUCGGCGCGGGCGUUCAAGGCUUCGAGCUCUAUGAGGCUGCCGAUAAGUAUGGUGUCUCCGCCAUCGCCGGUAUCUGUCCGACCGUCGGUGUAUUUGGUGGCUACUCCACGGGCGGUGGCCAUAGUCCCCUGAUGCAGUUGUUUGGUGUCGGCUCAGAUCAGAUCGUCGCUCUCGAAGUUGUCCUUGCCAGCGGCCGCUUCGUUACCGUUACUCCGGAGAUCAACGGUGAUCUGUAUUGGGCUAUGCUUGGCGGCGGUGGCGGUACCUACGGCGUGAUCACCUCCGCUGUAGUGAAGGUCCACCGCAAGGUUCCAGUCACUCAGUCCUCCUGGACCAUCAUGACAUCCGAGACUGUUACUGCCGAGAAGUUCUGGGAGGCGUUUAGGUUCUUCUUCGACAACAUGCCCGCCUACAACCGCGCGAAAACAUACUCUUACUUCUCGCUCAUGAAGCUCGCACCAGGCACGUAUAUGUGGUCGAUGGGUCCUUUCUUUGCCACGGACAAGACUGUCGAGGAGUACGAGGCUCUCAUCAAGCCCUUUUACGAAAAGUGCGCCUCACUUGGUAUUGAGCUCAAUCCCAAGACAACCUACCACGACAGCUUCUACCCUGCCUACAAGGCCACAUUCGGUACAUUCAACUAUCAUAUUGGUGCCGCUACCGGUAUUGCGUCGAACCGUUUGUUGACCUCCGACAAUUGGGAGAACGCUGAGAUACGCAACCAAACGAUCGUCGCCAUCCAGCACGUCGUCGAGACUGCCGUCAUGAUCAAUAUGUACCAUCAGCGCCCCGUCGAACAGGACAACAAGGACAUCAACUCCGUCAAUCCUGCGUUCCGAAACGAAGAGAGCCAGAUGGUCAUCAUCAACUCGGUCGCUGAGGAAACCGCCGCGGGAUGGCAGGCGGCCGUCGAAAAGAUCACCACUCAGGUCAUGGCUCCUCUUCGUGAAGUGUCGCCCACUGGCGGCGCGUAUGGAAAUGAGGCCGACAUCGCCGAGCCCAACUGGCAGCAAUCUUUCUGGGGCUCAAAUUACCCGAGGCUCCAGCAGAUCAAGAAGAAAUAUGACCCUGACAUGCUCUUCUACGUGCACCACGGGGUUGGUACUGAGGGCUGGACCAUCGAUGAUAAUGGUAUUAUCGGCGCCGGUGUCCAAUCGACGGACGGUCCAUUGUGUCGCGUAUAA